GGGCUCGGGACCCGCCACGGGCAGCGGCUCCGCGCGGGCUCCGGCAGACAGACAGACAGACAGACAGACAGACAGACAGACAGACAGACAGACAGACAGAGAGACAGCGGCACCGCCACAGUGCAUACACACUGCUCCACACCGACACGGAGCGCGGCAGCACCGCACAGGGCGCAGCGGAACCGCACACAGCUCAGCGGCACCGCGCAGGGCUCAGCCACAGAGCAUCGCGGCACCGGCAGCAGCAGCAGCAGGAGGACAAGCAGCGCACGGUGCUGGGAGCCCCGGCCGGCCGCACUGCUCGGAGAUGUCGGGGGUGCUGGUGAUCGCUGCCUGGUGCUUCCUGCAAGUGGAAAGCCGGCAUCCUGAAAUCAUCACGAGUAACAGCAAUCAUGGCAAUUUUCUGGACAACGACAAAUGGCUGAGCACCGUUUCACAGUAUGAUAAAGACAAGUACUGGAACAAAUUUCGGGAUGAUGAUUAUUUCAGAAACUGGAAUCCAAACAAGCCAUUUGAUCAAGCCCUUGAUCCAUCCAAAGAUCCCUGCCUGAAGGUGAAGUGCAGCCCACACAAGGUGUGUGUCACCCACGACUACGAGACCGCGAUCUGUGUGAGCCGCAAGCAGCUGGUGCACAGCCUUCGACAGAAGAAAGGCAGCUUGGCGCAGAAGCCCUGGGCUGGAGCAGGCAGCAUGGCCAGGUGCAAGCCCUGCCCCGCGGCUCACGCCAGCGCGGUCUGCGGCUCCGAUGGACACAGCUACAGCAGCAAGUGCAAGAUGGAAUUCCAUGCAUGUACUUCUGGCAAAACCAUCACAGCUCGAUGUGAAGGGCCCUGCCCUUGCCUGCCAGGACCUGAAAGUUUAAAACACAAGAUGGAGAAGACUGCUUGCACAGACAAAGAGCUGAGGAAUCUGGCUUCGAGGCUAAAAGACUGGUUCGGUGCCCUUCACGAGGAUGCGAAUCGUGUCAUCAAACCCACGAGCUCGGAGACGGCACAAGGCAGAUUUGACACCAGCAUCCUACCAAUCUGUAAGGACUCCUUAGGCUGGAUGUUCAACAAACUUGACAUGAACUAUGACCUGCUGCUGGAUCCCUCGGAGAUCAGUGCCAUUUAUCUGGAUAAGUACGAGCCGUGUGUCAAGCCACUCUUCAACUCCUGCGAUUCCUUCAAAGACGGGAAGCUUUCCAACAACGAGUGGUGCUAUUGCUUCCAGAAGCCAGGCGGUCUUCCUUGCCAGAAUGAAAUGAAUAGAAUUCAAAAGCUAAGUAGAGGGAAGAGUCUGUUGGGUGCUUUCAUCCCCCGGUGCAAUGAGGAAGGUUAUUACAAAGCCACGCAGUGCCAUGGCAGCACGGGGCAGUGCUGGUGUGUUGAUAAGUAUGGGAAUGAGAUAGCUGGCUCCAGAAAGCAAGGCACAGUCAGCUGUGAAGAAGAGCAAGAAACUUCAGGGGAUUUUGGCAGUGGUGGAUCUGUUGUAUUGUUGGAUGACUUGGAAGAGGAACCUGAAGCAACAAAAAAAGACAAAGAAGGAAAACUGAAGAUUCAUGUAAGAGCAGCUAAUGAAGAUGAUGAAGAUGAAGAUGAUGAUAAGGAUGAUGAAAUUGGUUAUAUAUGGUAGUGCCCAUCAUAAUGAGGACUCACGUUUUGCACAAUAUUGCAACUCACAUAAUAUCUCUGCAAUUGUAUCUGAGAGUACCUGGCACAAAUAUUCCCUCUACCGAGUUUAAUUUUGUAUAGUCAAUUUAAUUUGGAUGACAACUUUUUUUUCCAGCAAGGACUGUUUGGGAUACAGCUUUUGUUCAGUUGGUUUGGGGGAUUUUUUUUCUGUCCACAGGGGCAGUGAGUUUAGUUUCAAACCCAUUUUGUAUCUUAAUUAAUCCUCACUUGCACCACUUACGAAAUCCUGUGAAAGAAUCCUGGAAGAGUCUCAAAAAAAAAAAAAAUACAAAGGCUUAGAAGCCCCUCUCACAUCAGAGAACUUGUGUCAUUAAUUGUUACUUGGAUCAUAUCAGAAAAAGCUUUUUUUUUUCAUGAAGAAGGAAAAGUAGGUGCCUCAUUUUCUAGUCCACAUUUAUAAUGUCCCAGUGAAGAGUAAGUCUCUUUGGACAGUGGCUGCCCAGUACCAGGGCUUUAAUCCAGAAGAAAACCCAUGGGCAGGACUUUCCCUUCCUUCCAUUCUCUGAGAAUGAGUCCAGCAGGCUUAGUCCAGCUCACACUGAAGGCAAAACUCCCACCAUGGCACAGGUCAGCUCACUGACACUCUUUAUUUGAUAAAAGAACAUGCCCUUGAUCUUAAAAAAUGCUGAGAACCUGCAGCUGUCCUGGACCAAGCCCUAAGGCAGGGGACAGAGUCCAUCUGCCUUUCAGAGUGUUUAAGGGAAGAGUAUUUUGUGAAUUUGUAGCAUCAUAACCACCCCCAGAGCUGUUCCUCAGCUGCUGUCUGAGCUCAUUUGCACGGGGAGGGUAUCAAAGAACACACAGGCAGCCUCUGCUUCCAGCUGCACACCACAGACCUGUCUGGUCUCCAUUCAGCAACCCUCCUUCCAAAGCUGGAAUGCUGUCAAAGACAUGAACCCAAAAGUAACUGUCACUGAUUUAAUGUAAAGAUACCUGUUUAAAACAGCAGCUUUAGGUGGUGGUAUUUCAGAAGCAUAACCCCUUGGCUCAGUGUGAUGCUGCACACUUGUAAACACACUGCUAAAAAAGAAUAGUAUUAAAAUCCAAUCUGUGAUUCCCUCAAUACCUCCCAUAUAUUCAAAGCUCUUGUAUCAGAGCAUAUUGACAUUACAUUAUUUGCAGUGUCCUUUCCCAUGGCAGUUCUCAGUAAUGUGCUGUGGUGACCUUUUAUUAUUUUUGCUGUUUUGUGAAGCAGUAAGAGGAACCUUAAUCCCACUCUUGCAUUAGGACGCAGGUGUGAGUAUUUUAGCAGUGCUUGUGGUUGGCCAGUGAGUUAUUUUACAGAAUGAAAAACAUGUUUUUAUAACAAAAACUAAUUAGAUUUUUUUUUCUGAGUUGUAGUGGAUAUAGAGGUGGAGACAGCAUCAAGUCACAACAUGGUUGACCACACAGUCAUUUGAAAGCUGGAAAAUACCACAGAGAUUGGCAGAAGUCAUUUUGUUAGAUACAUUGGCCUGGGGAUGUUGGCUCUCAGCCCUCUCCAAAGCCAGUGCCUGCCUGGCAGUCCUCUGGGUAGGACCUCUGCUUUCAGACAUGAUCAGAAAUGGAAUUCCUUUCAGGUACCAUGUGCUGCAGGGGCUCUCCUGUUUUCUCCUCUUUUAUUUCCUUUUUAUCCAGAUCAAUGACCUGAGAACAAAGAGCAAGCCUGCAUAAUCAUUAUUAAUGCAGAAGGAUGUGUAAAACCAUGGGGAAUUUGUUGUUUCACGCCCCUGCAUCCUCCCAAAAAUCUGCCAUCACAGUCACUUGCAAAAGGCCUGCAAUCUGCCCUGCCUCAAAUAAAUCCCUUUGGUUUUCCCAUAGCUUUAGAAAAAUAUAUUUAAUAGUCAUUUUCCAUGAGCUGCACUGCACACAGAGACACACACACAUACACACUUUUUCUAUUUGCCUUUCACAAAAAUCCUGCCAACUUGCAGAAGGAGCAGAUAAUCCAGCAUUUCUGUCUCCUUAAAUAGGAUUUUGUGGGAAGCAAUUGAACAUCAUCAGUAGGUUCCUUCUCAAACGUCCUGUCUAGUUUGCCUCUGGUGUUUUCUUAAUUAACCCCACACUCUCUGGCUCUGCUGUCCUGUGCAAGACCUGCUUGCGGCACAGAGCUGCCAUUUCAUUCUGACAUAAAUCUGAGCUCCACAAUCAGCAGAUUAUGCUUAUCCUCCUGACUGGACUCAUUCUCCACACAGAGCUAGGUGGUUUUUGGCAGUCCUGUGUCCCUCCACAAUGGCUUAUCCUGGGCUAUGCCUUACAUCAAAGGUCACAGAGCAAAUCCCUUCUCCUGCCCUGCACCUCCCCAGGGUGAAGUCUGUGAAUCCAAGCCCUUGCAGGCAGUACCUGAGGCUGCAGGGGGCUGUCACAUGUAAACAUGCAAGAUGGUUAAAUCAAAGUUGUUAAAUAAGCCUUUAAAAGUGAAUGUGAACACCUUUGAGUUUACAUGAACAGACAUGGCAGCAGCACCCACUGGUGGUCUCCUGGCUGUGAUCUUUCACAUGGGGUUUGUAUCUGUCCCAGACUCACCAGCUCAAACAUGGGAUGGUUCCCAGUGAAACAGCUCCAUGCCCAGCACAGUCUGGUGAGAGGGCAGGUGCCUUGGGUGGCUCAGCACAUCUCCCUGUGCUCAGAAACACACACACACACACACACCCAGUUGUUCUAAGCCUGCUGGCCUGGAUCCAGGCAGCCUCUCCCCUCCUGGUGACCACUCAGUCGCCUGUUUGACUCGUCCAAGUGUUCUUCUGACUCAGCCAGCAUGGGAAAUGUGACGUUUUAUGGGCUGGGAAGCUGGGGGGGCUGCAGGGCAGCAGUGCCCAAUCCCAGGGGUCCCAGCCAGGCAGGGGCAGGGCACACAGGCUGCCGUGCUUGGAAGGGCAGCACAGACUCUGGACUGCUUUGAGAGCAAGUUCCCAAAUCCUGCAAAGCCGUUUAACAAAGCCCUUUUGAGAUCCACUGGCAUCUUCCCAUGGUGCGGGAUCUGUAGCCUAUAAAUACACAUAUGUGUAUAUAUAUAUAUAUAUAUAUAUAUAUAUAUAUAUAUAUAUAUAUAUAUGUGUGUGUGUGUGUAUAUAAAUAUAUAUAUACACACACAUAUAUAUCUGUGUGACUGUAUAACUGCAUUUAUGCACAAAUAUGUGUGUGCAUAUGUAUGUGUGUGUCUACACAUACAGUUUGGUGAGAUGCAUUAAGAAAACUUUAUAUUUAAUGAAAUAGUGAUAAAGAAACCAGCGAUUCUACCAAGAACCAGUGCUCUUCCAGAUCAAGCCCCUUCCAUUCUUCAUGCCUUGUAAAGGGUUUAAUUUGCUUCCAACUUAAUUUAAUUCAAUUCCAUUAUUUUUCUCUUUCCUUUUUUUUUUUUUUGUACAAAUCAGGACUGACUUCCCAUCUGAAUCAAGUCAUUGACCUUCCAAACAUUUUUUUCAUUGUGAAAAAUGGAAUCUGAGUUGUCCCAUUCUUUUAGACACAAACCAAAUGGAAUCAGAGUUGUCCCAUUCUUUUAGAAACACAAACCAAUUUUUAAUCUCAUUUUCUUUUCAUAUUACAGUCUAUGAGAUACUGAUAGGCAUUGCUUUAAUGUUUCUUUGAACUACUGUAGUUAAAUCAAAAUGUUGAGUUCAGAUUUUAGCACAGCCAGGUUUUUUGGGUCAUUACUGGCCUUUGCUAUGAACACAAAGAAUCCUCUUUAUUUUCUUUGCCUUUUUUUUUAAGCUAUUCUGUACUAUUAUUUUAAACCAUUUGAAGUGUUUAUUUAAUAUUUAUUCUACAGUUUAUAUUGAAAAUGUAAAGUUUAUAUUUAAAACAACACUGUUUGUUAGUGAAUGCUUCUCUUUGCCUCUCCAGCCUAGUCUGUUAGUCUCAGUGUACAUUUCUGGCAUGGGAAUAUUUUGAUAUUAGGAGUUUUGUAGCCUUUUCUCCCUCAAGCAGCAACUGAUGUAGAUCUAAGGUCACCACCUGACCCAGACCACCAGGUCGCUCAAGCUUCGCUUCCUCCAUUUGUUGUCUUCUCUCGCAGUCCCUCCUGUAUCCCAUCCUUUCAUCCACAGACUGCUUUGUACAGUUACUACACAUCAAAAAGCCCUUUCUACAGUAGGUGGGUUUUGGUCUUUUUAUACUUUUCUCAAUGCUGUUGAUGUCUGUUACUGUUCAAUGUGUAGAUCUGUAAGGAGAGAUCCAAAUAUUCUGUGUUUCAGUUCGAUGUCCCUACUGUAGAUGGAUGUAGACUAUCAUAGUAAGUAGAACUGCAUAGUAAAUUCUGGAUGCUUUUUCCAUAAGGAGUUAAGUGGAAUGUGAGCAUUUUGCUACCUUUGGUUGACUGUAAAUGCUUAACUGUAGUCUGAAAUAGUUGCAUUUUUGUCUGUCUCAAUAAAUUUUAAUUUGUCUGCGA